AGAUUUAAAAAAACCAACUAUUAUGAAGAGUAGAGACGAUUCACUGGGAAACGAAGAGUAGAAGAUUUAGGGUUCGCCGGAGAUGGAAGCGGCGGUGGUCGACGUCGGCUCCAAGCUCCUCAAAGCUGGUUUUGCUAUCCCUGAUCAGACUCCUCCCAUGAUAAUUCCCACUCAGAUGAAACGGCUGCUAGAUGAUGGGUCAGAUUCAUCACUUGAUAGCUUCACUGUCGAUCCUGUCGUGCGAGGGUUCGUCAGGGAUUGGGACGCCAUUGAGGAUUUGCUGCACCAUGUUUUGUACACUGGCCUUGGAUGGGAAAUUGGCAAUGAAGGACAAAUACUGUUUACUGAUCCACUCUGUACCCCAAAGGCCAACAAGGAACAGUUAGUGCAACUAAUGUUUGAAACAUUCAACAUAUCUGGGUUUUAUGCCUCAGAACAAGCUGUGUUGUCACUGUAUGCGGUGGGACGUAUUUCAGGAUGCACUGUUGAUAUUGGCCACGGAAAAAUAGAUAUUGCACCAGUAAUUGAGGGUGCUGUUCACCACAUUGCCUCAAGAAGAUUCGAGUUGGGAGGUAUGGAUCUAACUAAUUUCCUGGCUCAAGAACUUGGCAAGUCCAAUCCUCUAGUAAAUAUCAGCCUGUCUGAUGUGGAGAAAAUAAAAGAGCAAUACUCAUGCUGUGCUGAAGAUGAAUUAGCUUAUCAGAAGACCGAACAUUUUUGUCCUGUGGAGAAACAUACCCUUCCUGAUGGACAGGUGAUAACAAUUGGGAGAGAAAGAUAUACUGUUGGUGAAGCUUUAUUCCAGCCAAGUCUGUUGGGUUUAGAUGCUCAUGGCAUUGUUGAGCAGCUUGUCCGAACUAUUUCAACUGUAUCAUCUGAUAAUCAUCGGCAGCUUCUAGAAAAUACGGUGGUUUGUGGUGGCACUUCUUCUAUGACAGGUUUUGAAGACAGAUUUCAGAAGGAAUCUAACUUAAGUUCAUCCGCGGUUCAACCUACCCUUGUUAAGCCUCCAGAGUACAUGCCAGAAAAUUUAACCAUGUAUUCAGCAUGGGUGGGAGGUGCCAUACUUGCAAAAGUAGUUUUCCCUCAAAAUCAGCAUAUAACUAAGGCAGACUAUGAUGAAACCGGACCUUCCAUUGUUCAUCGGAAAUGCUUCUGACAGUAGUCAUCUGCACCAUUUCAAGAUAUGUUUAUUCCUCAGCAUUUUCUAUUUGUACUGUAAAAUGCCCUCAUCCUUGGUUUGAUGUAGAUUCUAGAUUCUAGAUGCUAGAUGUUCAUGUUAUUGUAUUAUUCUAAUAGCUGCAGUGAUCUCUAUUAAUGCAACCUUCUUACUCUGCAACUAGGAUUAGAAACAAGUGGAGCUUGCUUAAUUAUCUUUUGAACUUGAAUAUCCUGUAUUUUGGCCUUUUGUAACGCUGUAGCUACACCUCUACUUGUACAA